UUAGCUUCAACAUAUAAAAGCCAAAGAAGACAAGCUCCGUUGUAUUGUUUGGGGUAAACAAAACGCCAACAAAAAUGCAGACUACAGUGAAACAAAACUACCAUCCAGAGACUGAAGGCGCCAUCAACAAGCUCAUCAAUCUGAAGCUCAGCGCUUCCUACACCUACCUUGCCCUGGGGAUGUAUUUUGACAGGGAUGAUGUCGCAUUGCCACACUUCUCCUGUUUUUUUCUGGAGCGCUCCAUGAAGGAGCGGGAACAGGCUGAGAAGCUGCUGGAAUACCAGAACACCAGAGGAGGCCGGAUUCUGCUUCGGGCCAUCGCUAAACCGAGCAGGGAGGACUGGAGAGACGGUCUGGAUGCGUUGACCUUCUCCCUGGAAUACCAGAAGUCCCUGAACACUUUCAUCAUGGAUGUUCACCGCAGAGCCGACGGCAACAAAGACCCACAUCUGUGCGACUUCCUGGAGCGGGAGUUCCUCGUCGACAGCCAUGACACCAUCAAGAAGCUGGGCGACUACAUCACCAGUCUGACCAGCCUCACCACCUCCGACCCGCACGGCUCCAUGGCAGAUUACCUGUUCGACAGACACACCCUCUAAAAAAAAAAGCAGCAUUAGACCUCUCCAGCUGUCCACAUUUCCAAAGGGGGUAAAAGCUGCAUUUGUUUCUGUUAAAACAAACCAUUUGCAUAUUUAACGGUAAACUAUUUCUGUACAAUAGGUCAAAUGUUAACUGGAAUUACCUCAACUUUUCUAAAUGAACUAGGAGCCUCAAUGUUGUAGCAAAAGCCAUAAUUUUUGUAAUAAGCUGUUUCUGUGAAAUGAAUCAUAUUUGGUCUGUAUCAUGUCAUGCAUUCCAUGGUCCUAUUUUCACUUUUUUACCAAAUGCAAACCAUUUCUGAAUCAAAUUGUUAUUUCAAUAUCUAAUAAAUCUAAACCUUUGAAGCA